AUGUACUCUUUUUUGGUGGACUCUAUCAAGCUUACCACUGCCUUCCAGCUCACGAGUGAGGACAAAGUGCUGCAGAUCCCCCUCUCUCCUACAAUCACUGCUUCUUCCAGCAGGGGUACUUUCAGCGACUCUCUGUCUGCUACUGAACUUUUUGCUAUGUCAGACCUCAUUCUAUUUGUGGUGACUGAAGGCCUCUUGAAGAUCAACUAUAAGAGCUUGCCCUUCCAGCCAUGCCUCACUGCUACUACCAAACCCAACCCCUAUAAAGAACCCAGUGGCCCCGAGGUUUACUCUGCCCCCAAAGAGCUUAGGCAGCUGGAUGGACAUCUCCUUGCUAGUGUUUGGGACCACAGUUUAUUUGAGGGCCUUUGCCAUGUCCUAAACACAACAGGUGUCAAUUGGACCAGUUUUGAUGCACUCUGCAUUGCCAAAGUUGAAGAGCCCUCUGACUAG